AUGCUCUGUGGGGAUGGCUGUGCUACCAGGGGGAAAGCCAUCUGGGCUGCUGAGAUUUGGCAGGACAUCACUGCCCGAGUAGAGAAGCUGACUGUGAAGGUUCGACACGUGGAUGCACAUGUGUCCAGGAGUUGGGCUAAUGAAGAGCAUCACAACAACGAGCAGGUUGGUGCCUUGGAACAGGCAAUGCUGGAUGCUUUAGUCAUGGAUCGUGUGGAUUUUGUUAAACUAUUAAUAGAACAUGGAGUGAACAUGCACCGUUUCCUUACCAUAUCUCGUUUGGAAGAACUCUACAAUACAAAACAAGGACCAUCAAAUCUACUUUUACACCAUCUAGUUCGAGAUGUGAAACAGAAUAGCCUUUCUUUGGAUUACAAGAUAUCACUGAUUGACAUUGGACUAGUGAUAGAGUACCUCCUUGGUGAAGCUUAUCAGAGCAGCUACACAAGGAAGAAUUUCCGAAUUCUCUACAACAAUCUCUACAGAAAACACAAGAGAGUGGUUUCCAGCUUGCCUCAAAGCCUCUCUCAUUCCAUUCAUCAGAAUAAUCAGACGGAUAGUGGAAUGGGAUCCACUGAAAGUACUUUACAUUCUCAGUUCUUCAGAACUGCACAGCCUUACAAAUACAAGGAAAGAUCUAGCCCUUUUCCAAAGUAUAAGAAAAAAUCAAAAGAGGAUACAAACUACACAGAGAAUUAUGAGUCAACUGGCUUCAUCUACCCCUAUAAUGACCUCCUGGUUUGGGCAGUAUUAAUGAAAAGACAGAAGAUGGCUAUGUUCUUCUGGCAGCAUGGAGAGGAGGCCAUGGUCAAAGCUGUUGUUGCUUGUAAACUCUACAGAGCAAUGGCACAUGAAGCUAAACAGAGCAACAUGGUGGAUGACACUUCAGAAGAACUCAAGAAGUAUUCAAAGGAAUUUGGGCAGCUUGCCUUAGAUGUGCUGGACAAAGCAUUCAAACAAAAUGAACAGAUGGCCAUGAAGUUGUUGACCUAUGAACUGAAAAACUGGAGCAACUCAACUUGCUUGAAGCUGGCAGUGUCUGUGGGGCUGCGGUCUUUUGUGUCCCACACGUGCACACAGAUGCUGCUGACCGACAUGUGGAUGGGACGCCUGAAGAUGCGGAAGAACUCCUGGUUUAAGGUCAUUAUGAGUAUUCUCCUGCCUCCCACCAUCCUGAUGCUGGAGUUUAAAAGCAAGGCAGAAAUGUCUCAUGUGCCUCAGUCUCAAGAAUUCCACCAGUUAUGGUAUCACGGGGAACAGAACGCAAUCAGCUCUAAAGAUACUUUGAAGGGUUAUGAUGUGGAAAAGGCUGUUCAGAAGUCUGAUGAAAGCCAGGUAGAUGGUGGACAAAGAAACCUGCCUGGAACUAGAAAAAUCUAUGAGUUCUACAAUGCACCAAUUGUCAAGUUCUGGUUUCACACGAUGUCAUACUUGGCAUUCCUCAUGCUCUUUACUUACGUUGUGUUGGUGAAGAUGGAACCAAGACCAAGUGUGCAAGAAUGGCUCGUUAUCAUUUAUAUUUUCACUACUGCUGUUGAAAAAGUCAGGGAGGUAUUUAUCUCAGAACCUGGAAAAUUCCGCCAAAAGGUGAAGGUGUGGAUUUAUGAAUACUGGAAUUUUACUGAUUCUGUAGCUAUCAUCCUGUUUAUGAUUGGUUUUGGUUUGCGCUGGUCCAACUCCCCUGUUCAAACUGCAGGGAGGCUCCUUUACUGCUUGGAUAUUAUAUUUUGGUAUACUCGGCUCCUUGAUCUUUUUGCUGUGAAUCAGCAUGCUGGCCCAUAUCUGACAAUGAUUGGGAAAAUGACAGGAAACAUGUUCUAUAUUGUGAUUAUGAUGGCCAUAGUCCUGCUGAGUUUUGGGGUGUCACGAAAGGCAAUUCUUUCACCAGAGGAGCCUCCUUCUUGGACACUGGCACGAGAUAUUGUAUUUCAGCCCUACUGGAUGAUGUUUGGUGAGGUCUAUGCUGGAGAAAUAGAUGUUUGUGAAACCAAUGAAAACUGUCCUCCUGGCUCCUUUCUCACACCGUUCCUGCAAGCUGUCUACCUCUUUGUGCAGUAUAUCAUCAUGGUCAACUUGCUCAUUGCAUUCUUUAACUUUAGUAAUGAUGAUAUGGAAAAUCUUCUGCAUAAUGAUUUGAUUGUUCCAGAAGUGGGACCAGAAAUGGAGCUGUACCUGAGUGAUGAGGAGUUAAAGAAACUCCAUGACUUUGAGGAACAGUGUGUAGAAGAGUAUUUUCAUGAAAAGAAUGAAAGCCUGAGUUCCAGUGGCAGUGAAAGGAUCCGUUUGACCACAGAAAGAGUGGAAGAGAUGUUCCAACAACUUAAAGAAGUGCAUGAGAAGGUAUUUUAUAUCAAGGAGUCUUUACUCUCCCUGGACAGCCAGCUAGGACAUUUGCAAGACCUGUCUGCCCUGACAGUGGAUAUCCUGAAAGUGCUUUCAGCUGUAGACACCUUGAAGGUGGAAGAAGCCUUACUGGCUGACACAAAACAUCAAACCUGUAGGAAGCUGCCCCAUAGCUGGAGCAAUGCACUCUAUUCCAAGACCUUGAAUAGCCUGGAGGGCUUGUAUGACAAGAAAGACCACUAUUACAGCAUGCCACCCUCCCUCUUACGGAGCUUGGCAAGGACUCAGUCUCCAUCGGAGUGCAAACUCUUGAAGUCUGCGAGUAACAAGGUGAUUACGUGUUACUUAGAAGACAGCUCUCAAAAGGCAGAAAUAGAAACAGACACACUCACUUCAGGAGUAUCCUCUGAGACUAAGUCAGCUCCUAGGUAUGGGCAGUUUUUGCUGGUGCCCCCUGACCAUCAGGGAGGGACUUUUUCUGAUGAUGUCACCUUAAAUUUGUCCUUUUUGAACACUGCUGCCAAGUGCAAAGAUGAAGCAUUUGGAGAUGACCUGCAAAGUAGCAUUGUGGUUCAGCAAAAUUUGCCAGGUAUCAGCUUCCUUGGAAAAGAGACAGAAGGUUAUCAUUGGAGCCAGAGAGACUUUGUUAUUCAUCUGCCAUCAGAGAAGACUAAUGCUGCAGAAGCUGCUCAUCCUCUUGAUCUCCCGCUACCGCUGGAUAUUGAAGGAAGCGCAGCAUCCCCCUGUAGUAACAGGGAAGAAGCUGAAGGUGGUUAUGUGAACCGGGGAUUCUCUGAAGGUGAUGAAAAAGGAGUUUUCAUCUCAGAUUCAAAGAAGAAAGCCCUGUACCUAUCUUCCUCCUAUGACAGGGACGACAAUUGCCAGCAUAAUCCCGCCAGGCAUGUCCAGUUAAGUGAUUCGAAAUCCUUCUCCUACAACUUCAUCAAGUCAUGUCACAGCAGCAGCAUCUCUCAAAACAGGCUGAAGCGAAGCAUCUCCUUCUGGAUCAGCCCUCUCUGGAGGGACUGGAGUUUCUGCAGCAGCAACAGCUUACCAACCCCUAAAAAAGAGAGAUCAGGGAAAAUCUGCAAAGCUGUAGGCGAAUCUUUAGGAUCCUCUGAGACACACCACAGUAAGACAACAAAAGCAAAACAGCAAACCAGAAACAGAAAGUCUGGGAGAGGAAAGAGGAAUCAAAAACCUCUUCAGGUUCCGGUGAUUAGAGUGGAUGAUUGUCCCCAGAACACCCAAGUGAACUCAGAACCUGCAGAAAUCAAUGUCUGGGAUGAGCAAGAGAAACACAGCAAGAAUUGGCUCACUGUGUCUAAUUUCAGUCAGCUAAGUUUGGAACGCCUCCAUUACAAGCACCAGAAAAUUAAAAAUACAGAUGUCAGCAGGCAUACCAUACCAUUCUGUGAUUACCUGAGGCAUUCUCAAGAGCCAUCGUGUUUAUUCAGUCUAGCAGUGAAAUAUGUAUUCUUUGCAGCUGUUGAAAGAAACAACUUAAUGAGGCUUGCUCAGACCAUACCAUUUACACCAGUCCAGCUCUUCGCUGGAGAGGAAGUGACAGUCUAUCAGCUAGAGGAAAGUUCACCUAUGAAUCUUGAUAAAAGCAUGUCUUCCUGGUCCCAGUGUGGAACAACUGCAAUGAUCCAAGUCCUGUCACGGGAGGAGAUGGAUGGGGGUCUGCGGAGGGCCAUGAAGGUCAUUUGUACCUGGUCUGAGAGUGAUGUAUUAAAGUUGGGACAAGUAUUUAUUGUGAAGUCUUUCCUGCCAGAGGUGGUUCAAACUUGGCAAAAGAUCUUUCACCAUGGCACAGUAUUACAUCUCUGUCUGAGGGAGAUUCAACAGCAAAGAGUUGCUCAGAAGUUAAUCUAUAUGUUCAAUCAAGUGAAGCCUCAUACUAUUCCCUAUACUCCAAGGUUCCUGGAAGUUUUCCUCAUCUACUGCCAUUCAGCAAACCAGUGGUUGACCAUUGAGAAGUACAUGACUGGUGAAUUUCGGAAAUACAACAAUAACAAUGGAGAUGAGAUUACUCCCAUCAGCUUGCUGGAAGAGCUGAUGCUGGCCUUCUCUCACUGGACCUAUGUCUACACCCGUGGGGAGCUCCUUGUCCUGGAUUUGCAAGGUGUUGGGGAAAACCUUACAGAUCCAUCUGUGAUUAAACCUGAAGACAAAAAGUCUGGAAAGAUGGUAUUUGGACCAGCAAACCUAGGAGAAGAUGCAAUGAGAAACUUCAUUGCAAAGCAUCGUUGUAAUUCUUGCUGCAGAAAGCUGAAACUUCCUGAUUUGAGAAGUGACUACACGUUGGAAACUGCUGGUCCAGCCUUCGGAAUGGAAAUGGAAACAAGCACCAACGAAGCUGAUGAUGCAGAUGGGCCUUCUGAGUAUGACACACAGCUGUAA